AUGAUCAAGGAGCUCGAGGAAGACCUUUGCAAGAUCACCGGCUUCCACGCCUGCUCGCUCCAGCCUAACUCAGGAGCGGCGGGAGAAUACGCUGGCCUCUCUGUCAUCCGGGCAUACCACGAAUCUCGUGGCGAAGGUCAUCGCGACAUUUGCCUUAUUCCGGUCAGUGCGCACGGAACAAACCCUGCAUCAGCUGUUAUGGCCGGAUUGAAGGUCGUUCCUGUGAAGUCACUUCCCGACGGCAGCCUCGAUCUCGAAGAUUUGAAGGCUAAAGCGACCAAGCACAAGGACAAUCUUGCCGCAUUUAUGAUCACUUACCCGUCGACCUUUGGGGUGUUCGAAGACGGCGUCACCGAUGCUUGUCGUAUCAUCCACGAGAACGGCGGCCAGGUCUACCUCGACGGUGCUAACCUCAACGCCCAGAUCGGUCUCACCAGCCCCGCCAAGUGCGGUGGUGAUGUCUGUCACAUGAACUUGCAUAAGACCUUUGCCAUUCCUCAUGGUGGAGGCGGACCUGGAGUCGGCCCCAUCUGCGUCGCCGAACACCUGGCGCCCUUCCUUCCCUCACAUCCUGUGGUUCCCGUCGGCGGUGACCGGGCCAUCAACGCUAUCUCUGCCGCGCAGUACGGCAGCGCCUCGAUCCUGCUCAUCUCCUGGGCAUAUAUCAAGAUGCUCGGCGGCUCGGGCCUUUCAAACUCGACUAAGACCGCGCUCCUGAAUGCGAACUACAUAACGCACAGGCUCAAGGAAUACUACAGUCUGCGCUACAAGAACAAGAACGGGCGCGUCGCGCACGAGCUGCUCAUCGACCUCUCCGAGUUCGACAAGGCCGCAGGUCUCAAGGUCACCGACUUCGCGAAGCGUCUGCAGGACUACGGCUUCCACCCGCCCACCUGCUCGUGGCCAAUCUCAACGUGCAUGCUUAUUGAGCCGACCGAGUCGGAGUCUCUCGAGGAGAUCGACCGCUUCUGCGAUGCGAUGAUCUCCAUCCGCAAGGAGGCGGAGGACAUUAUCACCGGCAAGCAGCCCAAAGACAACAACCUCCUGAAGAACGCUCCCCACCCUAUUCAUACCCUUACAUUGUCUGACGCUGAGUGGAACCGACCCUACUCUCGUCAGCAAGCUGCGUACCCUGUUCCUGGCCUGCGCGAACGUAAGUUCUGGCCGACAGUCUCUCGCAUCGAUGAUGCGUACGGAGACUUAAACCUUAUCUGCGACUGUCCCUCCGUCGAGGAGACAGCAUCUCAUUAG